CAUCCAACCAUGUCUAUAGUUGCAGUAAAACUGGUGCGGAAGCCAAAACAUACAUAUAUUAAGGAGAAAAAGGUCGGUGAGGGUACCUACGCGGUGGUGUACCUCGGAAAGCAGGAAGGCACCAAGCGUGACAUUGCGAUUAAAGAGAUUAAAACAUCCGCAUUUAAAGACGGCUUGGACAUGUCGGCCAUCCGUGAGAUGAAAUUUCUUCAGGAGUUGAAGCAUGUAAACAUCAUCGAGCUUGUGGAUGUGUUUUCCACCUCCGACAACCUCAACCUCGUGCUCGAGUUCUUACCGGCAGACUUGGAAAUGUUGAUCAAAGAUAAGGCGGUGAUUUUUACUCCGGCAGAUGUCAAAAGCUGGCUUCUCAUGACGUUGCGUGGCGUCCACCACUGCCACCGAAACUCCAUCUUGCACCGAGACUUGAAGCCCAAUAACUUGUUGCUCGCCCCAGAUGGUCAACUUAAGAUUGCAGAUUUUGGUCUUGCGCGGUCGCCAAACGCGCCACUGGACGAAUUGACAUCCAAUGUUGUCACCAGAUGGUACCGCGCGCCCGAGUUACUCUUGGGUACACGUUACUACACUGGUGCAGUGGACAUCUGGUCCGUGGGUAUCAUUUUUGCGGAACUCAUGUUGAGAACGCCGUACCUUCCAGGUCCGUCGGAUGCUGAGCAGUUGGAUGUCACGUUCAGAGCCCUAGGUACUGCCACUGAAGAUACCUGGCCCGGGGUGUCAUCACUUCCAGGCUACAACUCCUUGAAGAUCUACCCCCCACCCUCCCGGAACGAGUUGCGGAACCGCUUUUUGGCCGCCACUGAGAAAGCCUUGGACUUGUUGAUCUGGUUGACCACCAUGGAUCCGUCGAAGCGGUUUGACUCCAGCGAAGCCUUGUUGUCCGACUACUUCACCGAGAUGCCUAGACCGACCGAGUGCAGCCAUCUACCGAAAAAGAGCGGACAGGUGGACGAGGCUCUAAAAAGAAAGCGUGAGGAUGAAGCCCAGGAGGAGGCGAAGAAGAAGGAGUUACAGACAGCCAAAAGGAGAAAGGCGUAGACCAGGAGUUUGGUAUAACAAAUACUAUUUAUUAUUUUUGGCCCCCUUAUGAAGUUAUAUCUAACGUCUUGCUUCGAGCUGUUCUAGAUAUAUAUCAACAUCGAUUAUUCUGAGGUUUUAAAUGAAUAACACCCUGAAACAUAAAUCAUGGAAUGCAUGCUUUUGAUGCGAAU